UCUCUCUCUCUCUCGAGUAACAAAACUUUAAUAAUUCAUUAUUAUUUUAGCUGGUUAAUCGAUUUUUCUCGAGAAGAAUAUAAUUUGGGAAAAAAGGAAAUGCUUUUAUGAUCAUCUAUCUUCCCUACUUUAAUUCUCCUCUAUCUCCGCCGAUUCCAUCUCUCAAUUUGUCUCUCCUCCCCUUUUCUUCAAUGCCACCGUAGAAGAUAACAACAGUAUACUCCACAAGCUCCAAAAAUGACCAGAUCUCAUCUCUUCCCCUGUCUCCUCCUCCUCCUCUCCUUCCUCAAUUUCGCCGCUUCUCAAGACGACGCGACGAUCAUGCAAUCCCUGAAAUCGAGCCUAAACCUCACCUCAGACGUGGACUGGUCGAACCCCAACCCUUGCAAGUGGGACACAGUCCAAUGCGACGGGAGCAGCCGCGUCACUCGGAUCCAGCUCAAGCAGAAGGGAAUCCGCGGCACUCUCCCUCCGGAUCUCCAGAACCUCUCCGAGCUCGUCGUCCUCGAGUUCUUCUCCAACAAAAUCUCCGGCCCGAUCCCCGAUCUCUCCGGGCUAACUCAUCUACAGACUCUCAACCUCCACGACAACCUCUUCGAUUCGACUCCUAAGAAUCUCUUCUCCGGGAUGAACUCGUUGCAAGAGGUGUAUUUAGACAACAACCCUUUCCCUUCUUGGGAGAUUCCGGAGACGGUUAAGGAAGCCACGUCACUCAAGAACCUUUCUUUAAUUAACUGCAACGUCACGGGUUCGAUUCCUGAUUUCUUCGGUUCCGAGACUCUCCCGAGCCUCGCUUCUUUGAAACUAUCUCGUAACAAUCUGUACGGAGGUUUGCCUGUGAGUUUAGCGGGUUCGUCGUUGCAGCAGCUCUACCUCAACGGACAGAAGCUCAACGGAUCAAUCUCGGUGCUGCAGAACAUGACGUCUCUCGUUGAGAUUGAUCUCCAAGGUAACGCCUUUUCAGGUCCAAUCCCUGAUCUCUCUGGUUUGCAGUCUCUGAGGCUGUUCAAUGUUAGAGAGAAUCAGCUCACUGGUGUUGUUCCACCGUCGUUUACUGGUCUCAACUCUCUUACCGUUGUGAAUUUGACUAAUAACUACUUCCAAGGAGCGUCUCCGUUAUUCGACAAGUCUGUUAGUGUUGAUGUGGUUGCGAAAACGAAUAGCUUUUGUUUGGAUACUCCUGGUGCUCUGUGUGAUUCUCGUGUUGAGACCUUGCUGUCUAUAGCUGAGUCGUUUGGUUAUCCGGUGAAGUUGGCUAUGAGUUGGAAAGGGAAUGAUCCGUGUGGUAGCUGGCUUGGGAUUACUUGCUCUGGGAGUAAUGUUACUGUGGUUAAUCUAGGGAGGCAGGAGCUGACCGGUUCGAUAUCUCCGAGCUUUGCUAAGCUUGUUUCGUUGGAAACUAUUAAUCUUUCUAAUAAUAAACUUAGUGGGAGUAUACCGAAGAAGCUUACCACUUUGCCUAAGCUUAGGAUGCUUGAUGUGUCUAACAAUGACUUCUACGGUGGUGUGCCGAAGUUCAGGGAAGGUGUGAAUGUUGUGACUACUGGUAACCUUAACAUCGAUAAGGAUGGACCUGUCUCGCCGAGUGGUGGAACUCCUGGAACUUCAGGGGGAGGUAAAGGCUCUGGUGGAGGAAGUGACAGUGGCAGUGGAAACGAAAGUUCUAAGAAGUCAAGUAGUGUCAAGAUCAUUGUUCCUGUGGUUGGUGGUGUUGUUGGUGCAUUGUGUCUUGUUGGACUGGGUGUUUGCCUCUACGCCAAGAAGAGAAUGAGACCUGCUAAAGUUCGGAGCCCAAACACAAACAUGGUGAUUCAUCCGCAUCACUCUGGUGAUAGCGAUGCAAUUAAACUCACAGUUGCAGCGUCUAGUCUCAACAAUGGGGGAGGAGGAGGAACAGAGAGCUCUUACAGUCACAGCGGAAGCGCCAACAGUGACAUUCACGUGGUGGAGUCUGGGAACUUGGUUAUCUCCAUACAGGUUUUGAGGAGUGUGACAAACAACUUCAGCGAAGAGAAUAUCCUCGGGAGAGGCGGUUUCGGUGUAGUUUACAAAGGUGAACUCCACGACGGAACGAAAAUAGCUGUGAAGAGGAUGGAGUCUUCUGUUGUGAGUGAUAAGGGACUCGCUGAGUUCAAAUCAGAAAUCACUGUGUUGACUAAAAUGCGUCACCGUCAUCUCGUUGCGCUUCUUGGUUACUGUCUUGAUGGUAACGAGAGACUUCUUGUCUACGAGUACAUGCCGCAGGGAACUUUGAGUCAGCAUCUGUUCCACUGGAAGGAAGAAGAGCGGAAACCUCUUGAUUGGACUAGAAGAUUGGCUAUUUCCUUGGAUGUAGCUAGGGGUGUGGAGUAUCUACACACGCUUGCUCAUCAGAGUUUCAUCCAUAGGGAUCUUAAGCCAUCAAACAUCCUCCUUGGUGAUGAUAUGCGUGCUAAAGUCUCUGACUUUGGGUUAGUCCGUUUAGCCCCUGAAGGCAAAUACUCCAUCGAGACUCGUGUCGCUGGGACCUUCGGUUACCUUGCUCCAGAAUAUGCAGUAACUGGAAGAGUGACGACCAAAGUCGACAUCUUCAGUCUUGGGGUUAUACUUAUGGAGCUGAUCACUGGACGUAAAGCUCUUGAUGAGACGCAACCUGAGGACAGCGUCCAUCUAGUCACAUGGUUCCGUCGUGUAGCAGCAAGCAAAGAGAGAGACGAAAACGCCUUCAAAAACGCUAUAGACCCAAACAUCAAGCUGGACGAAGAGACCUUAGCCAGUGUUCAAAAAGUUUGGGAGCUUGCUGGUCAUUGCUGUGCACGUGAGCCUUACCAAAGACCUGACAUGUCUCACAUUGUUAACGUUCUUUCUUCGCUCACAGUCCAAUGGAAACCCACUGAGGUUGAUCCUGAUGACCUCUACGGUAUAGACUACGAUCUUCCGCUUCCGCAGGCGGUUAAGAAGUGGCAAGCUUCUGAGGGGCUUAGCCAGACGGGAGAUGACUCUGGUUCUUCGUCCUCGGUUUAUGGAAGUAAAGACAAUACACAGACAAGUAUCCCGACACGCCCGUCUGGAUUUGCCGACUCGUUCACUUCUGUGGAUGGACGUUGAAGGAAAAUAAAAGACUGCAUUUCUCUGUUUCGUUAAAACGCUUUUAGUAGUAUAGAAGUAGUAGAUUAAGAAGCAUUGUGUGAAAAUUAUCUUUUCUUGUUCUUUGUUUUUGCUGAAGCAUUUUACUUGUGACAUCUAUUUUUCAUGCGAACUUUUUGUUUAAGUGUAUUGAUUAUCGUUGUAGUGUUUAUGCAAACAUAAAAUAUCUAUACUAUACAUCUUGCAUCUGCCACAUGUUAUCAA